CUGAGAAGCGCGAAACCAAACUCUCCCAGAAGAAGAAGCUAUGAAAUCGGUUGUUGUAUUAUCGCUUUUGUUGUUCUGUGUUUUGCCAAAGAACAGUGAACAAACCUUUUGGAGAUUCGCCGAGACUACUCCAGCACCAACAACGACAUUGCCAUCGGAUUCCAAUGCUCCGAUUUACCAAAAACUGCAAAUAAUUCCACCUCCACAAAAGACUGCAGAGACGGUGCUGGAAAAUUUCUUUGAUUUUUAUCCGGUGGCCGGAAAUCGCAAUAGAAGGUCCGUGGUUCUGGAAGAUAUCGUUUUUGUGCUGGACGGUUCUGGGUCAGUUCCUGAAUGUGAAUUUCGUCAGGGCUUGAAGGCGUUCACACAAGCGAUAGAGAUGUGCGAGACCCCCAGAGGUGGUAAGAUAUACAGCUGUCGACACGCUGCGGUCACUUUUUCUUCGCUUGCAAAAGUCGACUUCUCUUUCCUUUCUUCUGCGCAAGCAAGUCAGCGAAUUGGUUCAAUCCCGUAUCCCGGUGGCAGCACAAACACACAAGCAGGGUUGGCUUUUGCUAAGGACCUGCUUUUGAAAGGAAGCCGACGCUUUUCAAAAUUGAAGGUCCUUCUCAUAACGGAUGGACAAUCGAAUGUAAAUAAAUCGAUGACAGUACCAAAGGCUCAGGAGCUGAAGAAAAUGGGUGUUCAAAUCUCUGUUGUGGCCGUAAGCGACCUUGAUACAGAUGCGAUAAAGGAAAUGGCUCAUGUAGCCUCCUCUCCGGCGAUCAAACACGUUUUCCGCGUUCAGAGUGUCGGGAAACUUGCAUACGUUUUCGAUAUGGCUUUUGAGAAGUUAAAAAGCGGUCAAUACAAAGUAAAACCGUACAGAUCUCCAUGUUAGAAACAAACUUGGAACUCAUGAUGAACAAGGUUAAAGAUCUAUGGUGCAUGCAUGCAUGUAUGUGAUUUCGAUGAAUAGAAUAGUUUGAUUGUUGAGUAUAUAUAGUCAGCAGAAUGGUAGGGAUUGAAAUGAUUGACAUGGUUGAGUAUAUAGUCAGCUGAAUGGUAAUCGCAAUAAAGAACAUAACAAUCAUCCUUGAAAUAUUGUGUCUCGAUUUCGAG